GCGUACCAUUUGAGAUCAUUUUCUACUACGAGCGAUGAAUGAACCGUAAGGUCCAAAAUAAUCUUUGUAUAAUUUGGUGCAUGUUACUAAACACAUCCUAAAAUCUCACGUAGGCAAUUGCAUUUGGAACAUGCAACUGAAAGCAUCCCAUGCAGGGCAUACGGCGAUGUAUGGAGCGGAUGAGUUUGUUGCUGUGGAUUGCAGCAAGGAUUUCGUUUGCGCUUGGAGAUGUCCGCCUCUCUCUCCACGUCGCUGCUCUCUGUCUGCACAUCCAAACCGGCAAGCCCUAUGCGUAGGCGACUUCCCCAAUGGGUUCCAGGCCGUCGAACUUACACCACCUGACCAGAGCGAGGCGAGUCGACGAGUUUCGCAGAGGGGGGUCGAGGGGUUCAGGGAUCGGAGGCCAGCUGACCUCAAGCAUCAGGCGACGUGAUAAUCUCUGCUGGAUUAUAUGAGGCCCUGCGUGGAUUCCAGCGAAGUGUAUGGCUUUGGUGAGAUUGCAAAAGCAAGUGCCAGUGGAAGCAAAGUUACCUGUUGCGACAUCUCGUCUGAUGGCAAACUGCUUGCUACCGGUGGCCAUGAUAAAAAGGCUGUCCUGUGGUGUACAGAGCCCCUGCUAGAGCCUAAAUCUUCGCUGGAAGAGCACUCGAUGCUGAUCACUGACGUUAGAUUUAGCCCAAGCAUGCCACGACGCCUUGCUACAUCCUCCUUUGACAGAACGCUGCGGGUUUGGGAUGCUGAUGAGACGGAGUAUUCUCUCCGUACUUUCACAGGGCAUCAAGCAUCUAUUACGUCACUUGAUUUCCAUCCUAACAAACAAGAUGUGAUAUGCUCCUGUGAUGGCGGCGGGCAAGUGCGUAGCUGGAGCACAAAAUAUGCUAACUGUCUGAACCGUGUUAAGGUGUCCAGGGGUCUGAGAUUUCAACCUCGCAGGGGAAAGUAUCUAGCAACAGCCUCAGAGAAGGCUGUCUUCAUACUUGAUGGGGAAACACAAAUUGUCCGUAGAAGCCCUUUACAGGGGCACUCUAAGGAUAUUCAGUCACUUUGUUGGGAUUCUCCUGGUGACUAUCUGGCUUCUGUCAGUGAAGACUCGGUCAGAAUAUGGUCGUUUGCUUCUGGGCAUGAUGUCUUUGGAACUCUGGGACAUAAGGGGAAACAAAUCAGUUACGCUCAACAAUGCGCAUGAUGGUUUAGUUGCGGCCCUAGCAGCCUCGAGCGAACACAGGGCACGUUGCCUCAGUAAGUCUCGAUAAGAUUGUCGAGCCUCAGUAAUCCGCCGAUUAGGAUGUCCGGCGAAAAUGUUCAAGAACUACCAUGCUGUUGGUCACUGUGACUUGUCAAGAGAAUGCGGGCUGGCGUGAUCUACCUCUGGAAUAUGUCGAAAAUUUGCUGGACACAAGU